AUGAGGGGCGGCAGGCGCGCGGCGCUGGCUGUGCUGCUGCCGUGGCUGCCCACAGCGGAGGAACUGAGGCGCCUGACCAUCGUCAACGGCUGCAACACCGAGCCCAUCUGGAUCGCGCACCUCGCCAAUACGGGCGUGGGCCCGGGGGCACAGAACUCGAAGAUCGAGCCCGGCGCCUCCUUCUCGUUCGGCCCAGACGUGACGGACGGGCUCGAAGGGGCGCGGUACUGGCCCAAGAUGGGCUGCGACGAGAACGGCGACCACUGCUCUCUCGGCGGCAGCGGGGGGCCUUCGCAGGCUUGUGUCAUCAAUGGAGACGACUACUCGAACUGCGCGCCGCCCGUUGACACGAAGUUCGAGGCCACCUGGGGCCGCGAAGGGGAGCCUUGCGACGCCUCCAACCCUGCGACGAUGGCUGGGUGCGACUCGGUCGACGUCAGCCUGGUCGACGGCUGGACGCUGCCGUUCAAGCUCGAGGUCAAAAGCGGCGUCUGCACUGCGGCGGGCGAGAAGACCGUCAGUCAGAUCGACUGCUCCGGCCUCACGCUCGACCAGUGCCCCGCGAACGAGGACUUCGGCGGCGGCAACGGAGCAGUGAGCAUGCAGGCCGUGAACCCCAGCAGCGGCCAGCAGGCGGGCUGCUACGGCCCCUGCCUGAAGCUGAUCGACGACAAGUGGGGGAACGCGUUCGCCACGGGUCGAUCACGAGAGGAUCCUGACGUCGUGCCCUACUGCUGCACGACGCCCCCCAUGGAUUCCGAGACAUGCAAUGCAGGACCCAUCAAGGACAGCAAGUACCUCGACACCGUGCACAGGCUGUGCCCGGGGGUGUACGGCUUCGCCUACGACGACGGCAUGGGCCUCCUGCGCUGUACCUACGGGGAGUACGUGGUGACGUUCUUCUGCCCCGGUGCUGGAGCGGUCAAGCUCUGGCUUUUGCCCGGGUGCGGAAGCCGGGUUCUCUCGGCGGAGUCCCGCUGCAUCCGGAUUCAGAUGCAAGCUGCCGCGCCCGUCCUCGCGCAAGUCGCGGGAUACGCUGUCGGCUGGUGGAGCAGCGGCGGGCAUCGCUGCAUCUGUUCGUGUGAGGUCUCUGGCAGUGUGGACCGCGACAUCAUCGGUGUCCUGCAGCGCCAACUGGAUCGGCGUGGCCCAGACCAGCUGACCUCGCCGCCGCCGACCACCUGUCACUGCGACGCAGGCGCGACCUGGCUCGGCACCGCGGCGGGCUUCGCUGUGGGCGUGGUGGUCGGCGUGCUCCUGUGUCUGGUCGUGUACUUCCGCGCUGCUGCUCGUCGCCCAGAUGACUACACAUCCGCCAGCGCCGAGCUGGCUGCGAUCACUGAUUCCGGGAGCCCGCCUGUGCGUGAGGAGGACUUUGUGGACGCCGCCGAGAUCUUGGCCUGUGGGCCGAAGGGCGGCACCCCAGUGAAGUUAUACGGCAAACAUCUGUUCAAGAUGGAGCACCGCUCCAACAACCACUACUCGGACUACAUGGCGGAGGGGCUGAAGCUGGCUGAUGAGUGGGUCAGCGAAGGAGGCGGUGGUCCUGCCCCUCCCACUGGGGCGGGGCCCUUGGCCCCAUUGGCCGACGUGGACAUGGAGCGCAACCCCGCGACGAAGUGGGUCACGCUCGAGUCCAUGUUCGGCUACGCUGCGGGCGACCCGAUCGACGUGGUAGGCCAGCCCUUCCUUCGCUCGGGCGAUCGUGGCGUGCUGGAGCUGGCGGACGGGCCCAUUGCUGUGGGCAUCGCUGACACCGCGGUCACAGGGCUGACGCCACGUGCGGGGCCGCUGGACAUCCGCCUGCUGGGGACAAGCUCGGACACGGCCUUCGUGCGACAGAGUUUUGCCCAGCGCGCACAGCUCCUCGAGACGGGUGACAACCAGAAGUGGACGGCGCAGGGGCCUCCGACCACGCGUUGGGUCUGCCUCGCGCACGUUGAGGGCAACGCCACGCCCAAGCAGCGACACUUCUGGUGGCGUCAAGUCCUAGGGCUGGUGUCAACAGACCCUGGGGUCGAGGAGCAUAGUUUCUUGUGCGAGCUGAUAGAGACCGCUGUGGUCAGGGACGGCAGGCGCUUCCAGCUGUGGGAGGAGUUCUACGCGGAGGCGCUGCGGAUCGCGGAGGCCGGCGACCACGGGGACGACCUGGACGAGAGGAGGCUCUUCCUGGGGAACCACCGGAGCAAGGGGCUCGCGAUGGUGUCGCCGGAGAGCUGCGUGGAGGGGUUGCUGGAGCUGUGCAGCCGCGCCCACGUCGACUCCGACAGCUGCGUGCACAAGAGAGGUGGCUACGUGAGGGCAUUGAGGUUGCCGGCUAUGGACGUCAACUUGGGCAAGGGGGGCGCCGACUACGGGCACUUCCUGGGGGAGCUGUAUAACCUCGGGGCUAUCGAGGUGCGCGAGUCGCCGCGGGAGGUCUGCGGGCUCUUCUUCGUUCCCCGCAAGGAUGGGCGACUUCGUCUUAUAUGGGGCACGAGGCGCUCCAACGCACGCUCUGAGGUGCUGCCUUUCACCGCGUUGCCGUCGGGGGAGGCUCUGGUUGCUCUUGAGAUUGACGAGUCGAUCGCUGGGCAGAGGACAGUGGCACCUAGCGCGGAUGUGGAGGUUUGCUUCUAUCAGUACGAGCUGCCGUCCAAAUUCCGCCCGUUCUUCGCUCUUCAGUCGGUUGACCUUCGGUUUCUGCCUCGGCAUGUGCGUGACCAGGUCAGCCAGCAGGCGCACAUGUCGUUGCUGAAGGAUGUGAGGCCGCUCGACUCUUGGGUGCUGGACAAGGUUCCGGCGGAGCCGAUCAGCGACCCUCACUUGGCUAAGAUACUCUACAUAGACAACUUUGCGUCCAUCGGCCCCACGCGAGCUCGGCCAGACGCGGCCACUGCUGAUAUGAUCACGUCGUUGGCGGAUGCAGGGGUCAAAGCUGACAUGGACCCGAGCUCGGGGACGUUUGGGGUGCACGACCUCCUUGGCUUCUCGUUGGUCGAGCACCGGGGCUUCACGGGCACGGAGAUGGAGCGGCUGCUAGGACACCUGGUCAGCUGCUUCAUGCUCCGACGCGAGUUGCUCUCGCUCCUGCGCGCGUCGUACACCUUCGCCCAGGAGACCAAGCUGCGACGGGUGCCUCUCUGGCCUUCGGUCCGCAAGGAGCUCCGGUGGUGCCGCGCGUUGCUGCCGCUGGUGACCGCGGACAUGUCACGGCCUUGGUCUCCUUUGAUCACCUCUUAUGAUGCGAGUCCCUGGGGAUAUGGUGUUUGCGAAGCGUCAGUCUCGGCAUCACAGUCAGGGCAGAUCGGACGGCUGAGCGACAGAUCAAGGUGGAAGGGGCUGUUGGCUACCAAUCGACGGCCUCGGGAUGACCUCAUGGGUCUUGGCGACGUCGAUGACGAUUUCAAGAUCCCACGAGAUAGGGGCACGAUCCUCUCGGCUGAUGCGGUCUCGGGCUUUACCGAGGUCGAUCCUGAAUUUCUGAGAAACGCCGCCUGGGUCACGGUCGCAGCCAGGCCUUCGUUCGGUGCGCUUGUGGCCGCUGGAGAUCCUACGGGGUCAAGCGCUGCCACCCAGCCGCAGAGCGAUGUGCCGCUCGCCUGGCCGCGCGCGUCCGCCUCGGCGCGCCGCCGGGGCUCGGGCCUCCGAGAGCAACGGCAUCACGUGGAAUUGCAGCGACUACUACAUUGCUUGGUGCCUCGUCUUGCUGGCUUGCAGGCCAACCGCAUUCGCGAGGCCACGCAGCUGGCCUACCUGGGCAUCCUCGAGCAGCUGGCCUUCUUCAUGCAGUGCCGAGAGCUCCCGCGCUUCUCGGCCAAGGUGUGGUCGACUUCAUCGAGGGCCGACACGACGAUGGCCACUCAAGGGAGGCAAGCCGCCUACGCCAUCGCCGCGAAGCUGCUGGACUAUGGGCAAGAGAGGGCUGCACUGGGGUGCUUGGUCAUGUUCGAGACGUACUGCCGCGUCGGGGAGUUGCUCGCGUUGCGAAUGUUCCAGAUCGUGCCGCCCGACCGCCACUCGGGGGGGGCGGCAGGCUGCCCCACCAUUGUUCUCAAUGCCUCGGAGCUCCAAGUCCCCUCCAAGACAGGGGAGAUGGACAGCAGCAUCGCCUUCGAUCUUCCAGAACACCGCUGGGUGGGGAUGCUGUUGGUGCUGCUCAAGGAGGCCUUCGCUUCGCAGCCCAUGGAGCACGUGGUCAAUGUCUCGUGCGCUGUCUUCCUGUCGCUGCUCGAUCGGUCGGCUCAUGAUCUGGGCGUUCAGGUCCUGCAGCCCACGCCGCACUGCUUCAGGCACGGUGGGGCCAGCCACGAUCGAGCAGCGGGGCGACGCCCAUUGCAGGAGGUCCAGCGCCGAGGUAUGUGGAAGGCGCACAGCAGUGUGGCCAGGUACGACAAGCACGGGAGAGCUGCGCUUCACCAGGCUCUUCGGCCAGGCAACCGGCUCAGGCUCUUCCUCGAGCUCUUCGCAGGCCCUGGCGAGCUCACGGCGUCCAUGAGGCGCAAAGGCAUGGCGGUGUUGGCAUUCGACGUGAACCAAGGAGCCCAGGGAUCCCUCAAGGUCUUCCGAACCUCGAGGGCCGCGACUUGGAGACCCUGCAGCAAUCCAAUGUGCUCGCUGCAAGAGCUCUCGGUCUGCUCCAACUUGCUGCCGCACGUAAUAUUCCAGGAGGACGCAGUUCCUGGCGAGCCUUGCUUCAAGGCUGUGAGGUGGGCGAUCGAGCACGGCUUCGCUGAACACCCAGAGUGGUACCCCAGGCUGUCGGCCUCCUCGCCCGAGGCGGCCUUCCAGGCGCACCUCGCGGAGCUCGGGGAGGGCGGCUGCGCGAGGCCGUGCGCCGAGCCGGCCGGAGGCCCCGACCCCGGCUCGGUUGGCGCCGCGGUGCCGCCCGCCUCCGAGGUCCCAGAGGUCCCCGAAGGCUUCCGGAGAGUAUUUUGUAGAUACACGCGUUUGUUGUCCCUCGGCUUGGUCGUGGCAUUCCGCCUGCAGCCCGCCAUGAGCUUCAACGACAACAUCACCAUCCUCAAGGAGGGAGCUUUCCCGCUCUGCGGGGUCUUCUGCGCGGAGUGCUCCUGCAACGGUGGCCCCCAGUUCGCGCUCAGCGCGAAGUUCUGCUGCCUGUCGGUCGGAAUCGGCUUCAAGGCAGCGGUGGCGGCAGCCGUGGCCGCUUACGGUGCUGGGCAGGCCACCGAUGGGUCGAAGGGUGCGCAGGCAGCGGCCGCUCUCGCGGCGGCGGGCGUCACGGACAUGGUCGACGACUCCCAGUUCGACGUCAACUUCACGGAGGGCUGCUGGACCGAGGAUCGACCGUGGCUGCUGCGAGAUCGUGGCGAAGCUGACCUGCUGCUACGCGGAGGUGCAGCUCCCCCCUGGCAAGGAUCCGGGGACAUCGGCUGCGCGUGCUGCGGCAUGCGCUGCAUGGACGGCGACGCGGAGGCGCGCGAGCCAGCCGGGGGCUACGAGAGGCUGGCGGGGCCUGCCCAGCAGACGAUGUGAGCGCCUGAGGCCCGUCUCCGACUCCGCCCUGCUCGGGGUGCAGCCUCCGGGGAGGUGGAGUGAGGCAUCGGCGUCGCCUGGCCCGCCUCCGUGCUCCUCCCCCCCCCGAGGUCCCGGCGUCGCGCCUCUCCGUCGCGCCGGGCGAUCCUGCCUCCUUUCGGGGUCGCCAACCCCCUCCAGUCCUCCCUGCUCCAUACCGGGGAGUCCCUGGUGGAGUCCGCCCUCGGACCGCUGUAUCCGAGACGCCUGCGGCGAGCCACCACCGCGCCCCGCCUUUCGGAAGCGUUCGUUGCCUACGGCACGAUGGCGGAUAUACAGGCGAGGAGCUGCUGCCUUUCCGGCUCGCGCGGGCGUCCCCCGCACCGGCACCGCCGCCGCUGCGGCCAAUCGUUUCUUAGGCGCGCUCCCCGCGCGCCGCGGUGCAGCUCACUCUGUACAUCGUGGAUUCGGCUCUCGCAGGCGAUUUCUCUCCCCCAAUCCCCGACUUCCGCCAGAAAAGUUUGGUCGCUCAGAAAAGGGGAGGAAUCUUGGGAUACAUCCCGAGGGGGCUAUUCGGACGCACCCCUGUCGAGGAUGGACGCCCCCCCCUCGUAUAUCCCAGGGUUGGGCCCCAAAUUGUUGAUCCUCUCGAAUGCCUCACGGAGCCUGGGAUAGGGGUCGACGCAUCCCCUGUUA